UGUUUUUUGUGUUUUGUCCGAUUGACAGGGCAAAACAAAUAAGUUUGUUCGCCGCGCUUGGCUCGAAUUCAGUUGCCUUUUUGCGCUCGUUACGAGCCGGUGGUCCCGUCGAUUCAAGUGCUUUGUUGCCGCUGCCAUUCCUGCUAUAAUAUUCCUACUACUACUGCCCUCCAUCCGUCGUCCGCUUCGAUUCUAUUCGCUCCGUUGCGAUCCGUUUGAAUCGCAGCGAUUGUUUUUUUCCGACGCCGAGUUACCACAUCGCCAGAUAUAACCCAAGAUAUAGGAGUGCACGUGGAGUAGGUACCAAGGAAGACGACGAGUGACCAUGGCGGAGGACACAAGUUCUUCGAUGGACAGAUUCUGUGGUUCCACGUUCUGGAACUCAACGGAGACAUGGUAUACCAAUACCCCCGACUUUACGCCGUGCUUUGAACAAACGGCCUUGGUAUGGACGCCCUGCGCCUUCUACUGGCUGUUCGUGGCCUUCGACUUCUACUACUUGAAGGCGAGCCUGGACAGAAAUAUACCAUGGAACAAGCUGAAUGUAUUCAAGGCCCUGGUCAAUAUGGGCCUGCUGGUCAUCACGGCUUUGGAUCUGAUUAUGGCGCUGAUCAAAAAGGGCGGCGACAGUGAGUUGCCCUUGUAUGACCUGGAUGUGUGGGGUCCGAUCAUCAAGUUCGCCACCUUCCUGCUGCUCUUCGUGUUCAUACCGCUGAACCGAAAGUACGGCGUCCAGACCACGGGCUGUCAGUUCCUGUUCUGGUUCCUGCUCGUCGUACUGUCGAUCCCGCGCUGCCGCACUGAAGUUCGCUUGGAUAAGGAACGCGAGGAAAUCUUGAGCUCUGAGCAAGCUACGGAGCAGGAUUUCUCCUGGGAGGAGUACCAGUUCGUUAGCUUCUUCAUCUUCUUCACCUUCUCGUGCAUCAUGCUAAUCCUCAACUGCUUCGCCGACGGCCUGCCUCGACAGACAAAAUACCAACGCGGUGAGAACGAGAUUCCCGAACUGUCUGCCAGUUUCCUGUCCAGGAUCACGUACCAGUGGUUCGAUAGGAUGGCGCUUAAGGGCUACCGCAACCCCCUUGAGGAGAAGGAUCUGUGGGAUCUGCGACCGCAGGACAGCUGCUCUGAGGUCAUGCCCAUUUUUGCCCAUCACUGGAACCAGAACGUGCGCAAGAACUACAGGAGCAAGACCCGCGUGGAGCCUAAGGCUCAGUUCAGCAACGGCCACGUAACCUUCGAGAAUCCUCAUGGCGAGAAGAACGGACGCAAGAAGGGCAUGGCCAGCAUUAUGCCACCCAUCUACAAGUCCUUCGGCGGUGUCUUCAUGUUUGGCGCCCUGAUGAAGCUCUUCACCGAUGUCUUGACCUUCGCCCAGCCACAAGUCUUAAGUCUAAUCAUCGGCUUUGUGCAGGAUCAGGAGAAGGAUCCACAGCCCGAGUGGAAGGGAAUUUUAUAUUCCGUCCUGCUGUUCAUCUUGGCCGCUGCCCAAACCUUUAUUCUUGGCCAGUACUUCCACCGCAUGUUCAUUGUGGGCCUGAGGAUCAGGACUGCCUUGAUCAAUGCCAUUUACCGAAAAGCCCUCCGCAUUUCGAACUCCACCAAAAAGGAGUCUACCGUCGGCGAGAUUGUCAACCUGAUGGCCGUGGAUGCUCAACGUUUCAUGGAGCUGACUACCUACUUGAACAUGAUCUGGUCGGCGCCGCUACAGAUCGGUUUGGCGCUAUUCUUCCUCUGGCAGCAGCUGGGACCCUCUGUGUUGGCCGGUCUGGCUGUGAUGAUUAUCCUGAUCCCCGUGAACGGAGUUAUAGCUAGUCGCAUCAAGACCUAUCAGAUCAGACAGAUGAAGUACAAGGAUGAGCGUGUAAAACUGAUGAACGAAGUCCUCAGUGGAAUUAAGGUCCUGAAACUGUACGCCUGGGAGCCAAGCUUCGAGAAGCAAGUGCUGGAUAUUCGUGACAAGGAAAUUGCGACUCUGAGAUCUACUGCUUAUCUGAAUGCCGGAACCUCGUUCCUCUGGUCCUGCGCCCCCUUCCUGGUCUCAUUAGUUACAUUCGCCACUUACGUUCUAAUCGAUGAAAAUAACGUGCUUGAUGCCACAAAAACCUUUGUCUCAUUAUCAUUAUUCAACAUCCUACGUUUUCCGUUAACAAUGUUGCCCAUGCUGAUCACCAACCUGGUACAAACGCAAGUUUCUGUGAAGCGUAUAAACAAGUUCCUGAACAGUGAGGAACUGGACCCUAACAGCGUGACCCAUGAUUCGUCCAAACCCCAUCCUAUGACCAUUGAAAAUGGCGAGUUCUCCUGGGGCGACGAGAUCACGCUGCGCAACAUCAACAUUGAAGUGCGCAAGAGCAACUUGGUGGCCCUUGUGGGCACCGUGGGCUCCGGCAAAUCGUCGGUUGUCCAGGCCUUCUUAGGCGAAAUGGAGAAACUUGCUGGCAAUGUCAACACGGUGGGCAAGCUGGCCUAUGUGCCCCAGCAGGCGUGGAUCCAGAAUGCAACGGUGCGGGACAACAUCCUCUUUGGCAAAACAUACGACCGAAAACGAUACAACAAGGUCAUCGAUGCCUGCGCCCUGCGUGCCGACAUUGACAUUCUGUCGGCGGGAGAUCUAACGGAAAUCGGUGAGAAGGGUAUUAAUCUCUCAGGUGGCCAAAAGCAGCGUAUUUCCCUGGCCCGUGCCGUGUACAGCGAUGCCGAUCUCUAUCUGCUGGACGAUCCACUCAGCGCCGUCGACGCCCAUGUUGGCAAGCACAUUUUCGAGGAAGUGAUCGGACCCAAGGGCGUGCUUGCCCGCAAAUCCCGCAUCCUUGUCACCCAUGGCGUCACCUUCCUGCCCCAGGUGGACAGCAUCUAUGUGAUGAAAAUGGGCGAGAUCAGUGAGAGCGGCACCUUUGACCAGUUGGUUAAGAACAAGGGCGCCUUCGCCGACUUCAUUAUCCAGCAUCUGCAAGAUGGCAAUGAAGAGGAGGAGGAGCUUAACCAGAUCAAGCGACAGAUCUCCAGCACCGGUGAUGUCCCUGAAUUGCUAGGCAGUGUCGAGAAGGCCAUUAAGUUGGCGCGCACGGAAAGCUUGUCCGAUUCCAUCUCUGUUACCUCCGCUGACAGUCUGAUGGGUGGUGGAAAUGGAAGCCUUCGUAGACGGACAAAACGCCAAAACUCCCACGACUCUGUGGCUUCGGCCGCUUCCCUGAAAAAGAAGCAAGAGGUCGAGGGCAAGCUGAUUGAAACGGAAAAGGCACAGACCGGCGGCGUUGAGUUUGCAGUGUACAAGCACUACAUCAAGAGUGUUGGCAUUUUCCUAUCGGUCGCCACGCUCGUCCUCAACUUCGUUUUCCAAGCAUUCCAAAUCGGCUCUAAUCUGUGGCUCACCAAGUGGGCCAAUGAUGACAAUGUUGGCAACGACACAGGCCUCAGGGACAUGUAUCUGGGUGUUUACGGUGCCUUCGGCUUUGGUCAAGUUUUGGCUAAGUAUUUAUCGGGUCUGGCCUUGGCCCUCGGAUGCCUUCACAGCUCCAUAGAUGUAUUCAACAGGCUGCUGAACAGGGGGCUCAAGUGGCCCAUGGAACUGUUUGAUACGACGCCGAUAGGUCGCAUUUUGAGUCGCUACUCAAAGGAUAUAGACACGAUUGAUGGCGUGCUGCCCUUGAUAAUUGUUCAGUUGUUGAACACGUGUUUCGGGGUUCUGGCUACGAUUGUGGUUAUUAGUAUGUCCACACCCAUUUUCCUGGCCGUGAUCGUGCCGAUUGCCUUCCUGUACUACUUUGCCCAACGGUUCUAUGUGGCCACAUCACGGCAGCUGAUGCGUUUGGAAUCCGUAUCCCGAUCUCCCAUUUACUCGCAUUUCAGUGAGACAGUCACCGGAGCUUCAACAAUUCGUGCGUACGACGUGGGAAAUCGCUUCAUUGACGAAUCCGAUGCCAAGGUGGACAAGAACCAAGUGUGCAAAUAUCCUUCUGUGAUUGCCAACCGUUGGCUGGCCAUUCGUCUGGAAAUGGUGGGAAAUCUGAUUAUCCUGUUUGCCUCGCUCUUUGCCGUCCUCGGCGGUCAAACCAAUCCCGGUUUGGUGGGUCUGUCUGUGAGCUAUGCCCUGCAAGUGACCCAAACGCUCAACUGGUUGGUGCGCAUGACCUCAGAUAUUGAGACGAACAUUGUGUCCGUGGAGCGUAUUAAGGAGUAUGGUGAGACCAAACAGGAAGCUGCCUGGGAACUGGAGCAGGACAAGAGCAAGCCCAAGAACUGGCCAGAGGAGGGACGUGUCGAGUUCCAGAACUUCCAGGUGCGAUAUCGCGAGGGCCUGGAUCUGGUUCUGCGUGGCGUUAGCUUCAACAUCAAGGGUGGCGAGAAGGUGGGCAUUGUGGGGCGCACAGGAGCCGGUAAAUCCAGUCUCACCCUGGCUUUGUUCAGAAUCAUUGAAGCUGCCGGUGGUCGCAUUUCCAUCGAUGGCGUGGACAUUGCCACCAUGGGUCUGCACAUGCUCCGCUCUCGUCUCACCAUUAUCCCUCAGGAUCCUGUCCUCUUCUCUGGCUCUCUACGUAUCAAUCUAGAUCCCUUCGAGAUCAAGACAGAUGACGAGAUCUGGAAGGCCUUGGAGCUGUCCCAUCUGAAGUCCUUUGUUAAGAGCUUGGCCGCUGGCCUGAACCACGAGAUUGCUGAAGGUGGUGAGAAUUUAUCGGUUGGUCAACGCCAAUUGGUGUGUUUGGCCCGUGCUCUGUUGCGAAAGACCAAGGUGCUGGUGCUGGAUGAGGCCACAGCCGCUGUGGAUUUGGAAACUGAUGAUUUGAUUCAGAAAACAAUCCGCACGGAGUUCAAGGAGUGCACCGUGCUGACUAUUGCCCAUCGCUUGAACACUAUUUUGGACUCGGACAAGGUGAUUGUGCUGGACAAGGGACAGAUCACAGAGUUCGCCUCGCCCACAGAGCUCCUGGACAAUCCCAAGUCGGCCUUCUAUAGCAUGGCCAAGGAUGCCAACCUAGUUUAAGAUCCACGAAUGUCAAACUUGAAACUCCACGAAACUCAAAUGGAAGUGUGUGUGCCCCUUAAAACAACAAACAAAACAAAACAAACCUAGAAAUAUAAAAUCUUGAAUGGUAGCUUUAAGCCACUGGCGGUCGAAAAAAAUCCACUACCUCAUGGCUAGGAAAAAGCAUCAACUACAAAGUAAAACAAACAAUUAAUUACCAGAUGAAUAAAUCCCAGAAAUUAGCAAAUACCAGAUAAAUGUUCAUUAGGCUAAGCGAGAAUAAUUAAGCCAGUCGCGCCUUCGUCGGGUUACUCUAUUUUCGUUUUUAAUAUGUAUGUGAAUUUACAUAGUCAAGUGUAUUUUUCUAUUGUCUAUUGUACUUAGUUUUCUAUGCAAACAAACAAAAACAAAACCGAUGUAAGCAGGUGUCGAGGAGAAUACAAAACUCUUCUGUAUGCCACAUAUUUAUGUACUUAAAUUAACAAAAACAAAAAAAAAA